AUGGAGUCAACGGAAGAGCGGGAGGCCGUACUGCGGCGACGAACGAAGACACACAAGAGCCAUGGCUUUUUCGAGCCUGUGGAGGAGAAAUUCAGCCAGCAUAUCCGCUUUGCGGACCCUCUGGUCAACAUAACAACGCCCCAGACGAUUGAGCGUUUCGUGCCUGCAAUAAGGGUCAUUCUGCGCAUCUUGAUCUGGACAGUAGCCACGAUUUCCAUUCUCGGACCCGCACUUCUUCUCAGCAGUACCGCGAUCCGUGGUGUUCAGCUGGCAUGUCACGCUGGCGUGCUCCCACCGCUGUCGACAUCGAUUUGCAAGGAGCAAACACCUUCAUUGUACGGCGUUUCUGAUGGCACAACACCCUUGACGACCGUUCUGGAGGAGCUGGGCGCCCUGAAUGAGAUGUCUGCAUCCCUCGAGUUCUUGGGUUUGCCUCUGCAUACAAUUGUCGCGAAUUUGACAAUGAUACUCUCCGACUUGGAGAAAUCCAUGGAUGUCCAGCAGUUCAAGGAGUCCGAGAACAUCGGUUCGAUAGCAGACAAAGCGCAUAGGCUCGUGGAGUCGUUUAGCGCCCACGAUAACGUGUUCCGUCAGCAGGUAUCCAUUUGGGAACCGUAUGGUAUCGCAGCCCUUGGCGAACAGCUCCAAAACCUCACUUCCGCCACGAAUACGAGCGACAAUCUGUUUCUGGCUGUGCGGGAAGGGGUAUAUCAGACCAUACCUUUCCUCUCGAAGCGCAGUCUGAGUCACAGUCUCGUACUGCACUACCACAACUUGGUUACUGUCAAUCACCUCGAAGAAGUCAAAGCGCUUGUUCUGGCAUCUACAGAAACCAAGCUUGCUCUGCUCGACCUGCUGGGCCAGGUGGGAAUUCUGGAGACGCAGCUCCAAGCAGUUGCGUCCACUCAAGCAGAUGCUUUGAUCAUGAUCCGUCUCGCAACCAUAUGGGCACACGGAGUGGUGCAGUUCGCCGAGGAUCGCUACAAGAGCAUGUACAGUAAAUUGCACGCCUUAUCCGCGCCUUUGGCUGCCGAAGUCGCGAGUUACGAUUCUUGGUGGCUACCGAGACCUGCGCCUCUUCUCCUUCUUCCUGUGCCUCGACUUCGCGCUCUUGUCGAGACCGAGCAAAAGCAGAUGGCCAAGUUGGUCGCCAAGGCAAUGCAAGCGCAGAAUGUUCUGGAUGGGCUGUUUGAGAAUUACCUGGAGGAUGCGGAGGUGUCAUUGAACAUUCGCUAUAGGCUUGAGGCGGCUGCGAUUGAAGGGAGAUUGCAGUGGUUGUGA